CCCGAGCUCUGGACCCCGCCUCCCGACCCGGAGAAACCGGCCUGUCCCUACCGGAUCGGCUUUCAGGUGGAAAUCAAGCCGCACGCUCCUCCUCCGCCCUUUGGCGAUCCCCAGCACGGCCUAGGAGCAUGGCGGCCACGAAGUGACGUGGACCUUUACUCGGCGACCCAGACCGAGCUUGUCAUGGCAUACCCUCCUCUUGAGCGCGAAAACGCCUUGCCGUCGUCUUCCGGCCCCAGCGCCACUCUUGCCAUCACCGGGACACUGGCUGUGGGUGACGAGAGAGGCGCCCAGCUGGUGGUCUGCUCUGUCGCCCCCGAAACCUCGGAACCCCCCUUUGAGGCUGUCGCAAAGAUCUUCGAUGGACUCUACUAUCCAUUUGAGUGCCGCCACGCGGCUCACGUGCCUACCAAUACCGCCAAAGAGGCAGAUGUCGACUACACCCACGAAGCCGCUGCGCUCGGCCACCUCCACAAAGCGCGCCAGAGCGGCCGGACGGGUUUGUGUGCGCCUAAGUACUUUGGCUCUUGGACUUUCAGCUUGCCCAUCACCCACAUGGGGAAGAAGUUAAAACGGUCUGUUCGCCUGGUACUCAUGGAAAACAUCAAGGGCCCUAGCAUCCGGAGCGUUUGC